AUGAACUAUACGACGAGUGAUAAUGCCAGCAUAUAUUCUUCGGUCUCGUCGAAUCUAGAACCGCGUACUUCCAGGGAGUGCGUGACUCCGCGGUCAGCUUAUACAGCAGAUCUGUAUGAGCUGCCAGUCAACAGACUGAAACCCAAGCCAUACAAGAAGAAUAGUAGCCAACGCUCGAUAACGUGCGCUUCAGCUCACAGUCUCUCGCUAAUUCCUGAGAAGCAGCCGGUCAAGCAAGAUUUUGGUCCCUCAUUGACACCGUAUCAAGUUCAGAGAAAUCAGAUGAGGACCAGCUUUCAAUUUGCGAAUGGGGAAAACUUUACACCAAAGCAGAAAACUCCAAGAGCUCCAUCUUUACAGCAGAGGCAUUCUUUACCAAGGUCUGCUAGUUGUAGUAAUUUUCAUAUGGCCCCACCUUCUGGUAUGAUAAGGCCGUCCCCCAUGCUCCACAGAAAAAGAAGCAGUCUCGCUAAUACGAGCACCUUGCCACUAGCUCACGGGAAAAGAGGUCUACCUAAAUCCGCAAGUACUUCAAGACUGUCCUCUGUACCUCUGCAAACGAUUAACAAACCACCCACAUGGGUUCACAAUGCAACUAAUGGGAGCAAAGCAUCGCUUCAGUCUUUCAACAAGACAACAAGUAAUAGCAGCUCGUUUUCAUCAAGAGCGCAGGUCGUUUCAAGUAAUACGUCAACCUCCAACAGCAGUAAUAGUCUCAGAAGUGAAAACAUCGUGAGCAGUAAUACAAGUUCGGGAACUAGUGAGGGUGAUGACAGCCGCACAGCGAUGCCUAUGGUUUUGCCGAAGAAGACCUCAUCAGAAACUACAACUACUGUUUUCGGUUCUAUAUCAACGAUCCAAGCCAAUGAAGGUGGUCUAGAACCUCGUUCAGAACAAGGCAAAAUGAUACAACAUCGGAGUGGUUCCCCAAGGAAAAUAGCAAGUAUUGAUCGAUCAGUUAUCUCUAUGCAAGCUGAAAAUAAAGAAGGUAAAGGGGUCAAAAGAUCUGGCUCAAAAUUUGGGUCGUUUUUUAAGAAGUUGUUACCCUUUAAGAAAAAGAAGCAAUCUGGAUCUACGUUGGAGUCGACGCCUUCCAAAGCUCUUGCAUCGAAAAGUAAAGUGACAAUGGCUGCCCCGGAGAAAAGAGACAACGGCAGGAAGAUCAUGGAAGGAGACGUUCCCUGGAAGUCCAAGGACGCCGAUGAUAGUGCAGUUCCUUUGAGGGGGAACGAAACGGAGAUCGAUAUGGAUAAUUUUGAUGUUAAUGAUGAAGAUGAUGAUGACAUGUUGAUGGACAUUGAUUUGGUUUUUGAUAGCUUGCUGUUAAAGAAUAGUAGGCCAACUCCGAAUCCCAUAAUAAUAGGAGACGAGGAACAUAAAACUAACGUCCGAAAUGAGAAAUCUGACACUCCGAAAUCAGCCGAAACUCAGUCACCAGAAGAUGAACCUAUGAUUGAUUACGACCUCCUUGCCGAGUUUUCGAAGCUGGGCAAGUAUAUCAUUGAUGAAAAUUCAGAUGUGGCCAAUAAACGACUGGUCCCCCCGCCGAGGUCCCUAAAGAGACCGCAGCUGCCUAAUAAAGAUUCCGCUGUAGGAUUCUAUAAUCAACACGCUGGUCGCAAUCCAAGGCAAAUGCGGUUUGGAGACAGAUUAAUGCAAAAUCUUCAUCGAGAUUGGGAAACUGUUCAUGUCAACUGUAAAAUGCAAUCUACAUCAUCGGGUAGGUCGGUGAAGGAUGGUUGUACGUCGAUCCGUUUCGCGAAUGCAAUAUAUGUGAAUGACACAUAUUCGCCUGCAGAGUACGAGAGAAGUGAUAAAAAAUUCAUCAAAAACCGUCGGAGGAUGAUGCAAAUGCAGAACAUGGCAUACAUCAAAGCCGUUAAGGUGGAACUUAAUGAAUAUAAACGGAGAGAUAUGGUUGUACACGUCGACAGUGUAAGCAACACACAUUAUUUCAUAUGA